AGGCGCCCUUACGUUCCCCCAGCAAUAGCGCUCGCGUCCCACGCGUUGCGCUUCCGGGUUCGCCGCGCCGUUGCUAGGCGACCCUGGGUGUUCGUUCGCGGGUCAGCGCUGAGCUCCGGAAGCUUCUCGUGCCAGGUGCGGAGCCCGGGGUCUCCUGCACGAAGCCCUCGCAGAGCCUUGGCCGCCCAACAGUUAGGGCUGCAAGGGGGCUUAGAGAGCAUCUUAGUCUGGCCUCCCCACCCCCAUCUACAGAUGGGGAGGCGGAGGCCCAGGGACUUGCCCGAGGUUACACAGGUAGUAAGUGGUGGCAGAGUCGGCGUUGGGUCCCAAUCCCUGGCGUUGGGGGAGGUCGGAAGGGCCCCCAGCUCCUUCGGCAGCUCUCCGGGGUCUGUCCUGAUCCCAGUUCCGACCUGACUCCCCGUCCCCUCCCCCCUGGGCCCCGGCGGUUUGUGAGGGGGGAAGUGGGGCUCUGGGACCCCGCCCCCAGCCGCCUUCGGGGGAGGGGGUGUAGGGGAGGCACCGCGCGUGUUUCUAACCUCGGGGCGGGGGCGUAGAAGGGGGGGGGGGUCGCGUCGUCACGUGGUGGCCUUGCAGCUUUUUCCAAAGCGAGGAGCUGCGCGGGCCAAGCUCGUCCUGUGAAGCGGGUCCCCGGGCAGGAGCCGUCGGAGCUCCGGGCGCCGGAGGGACAUGCAUCCAAUGUUUGCGGCCGAGCUGAAGCAGAACUUCAAAGAUCCCUACGAUGCCUUUAUGAACCAUCACCUUCAGUAUUAUGGAUACUUCAAAGCUCAGGGUGAUGGUUUGCCAAAUGCUGCUAAACAUCAGGAUCCUUGGGAGAGGCAUCCUCAAUACCUGUUCAAGGGGAAUUUCCGGAAAAGAAGUGAUUUGAAUCAGGAUACUUUGCAAGAGGAGAAGCUAAUAUGGAAUUCAUGUGCCUCCCCUUCCUCCGGGCUUCUGUCCCAAAUGGAGACAACCAAUACAUGGUUCUUCAAAUCUGGAUCAUCUUCAUUUUCCCAAGACAGUUCCCUUUUAUUGGAAACACCUCUGUUUAAGAGCAACCAACUGCUCUUUGAUGAAUUUGGUGAAGGAAACCCACGCCUUCGAGAACCCCGGAAUCUCUUUGCUUUCUUCUCUAACGAUGGGUUUCUGCAGGCUCCCCGAUGGCCCAUAGAAUGCGAAGUCAUCAAGGAAAACAUUCAUCAUAUCGAAUGGGUCCCACCCAAGCCUGAGUAUUUCUAUCAUCCUACAGGAAAUGAGAAGGUACCGGAAAUUGUUGGAGAGGGAAAAGGCACAGUGGUCUAUCACAUCGAAUCAGGGGUCAGAACUCGCCAAGAUCGUUUCAGUCACAGAGAAGCCAAGAACUAUGUCAGCAGAGGAAGUACCCAUCCUGACAAAAUCACAGCUCCUUGGAGUUUGGCCAGAGGCCAUGGCCAGGAUAAUGGUCCCCACAAGUAUUUGUGCCCAGAAGAUGAUACCCUGCUGUUUGAGUCGAGAUUUGAGAGUGGGAAUUUGCAGAAAGCUGUGAGAGUAAACACCUAUGAUUAUGAACUCACUCUUCGAACCGAUCUCUACACUAACAAGCACACUCAGUGGUUUUAUUUCCGAGUCCAGAACACCAGGAAGGAGAUCACCUAUCGCUUCACCAUCGUCAAUCUGCUAAAACCCAAGAGCCUCUACACCAUAGGGAUGAAGCCGCUCCUGUACUCCGAGGUGGACGCCCGCACCCAGAACAUGGGCUGGAGGCGAGCGGGGGACGAGAUCAAGUACUACCGGAAAGCUGCUGAGGAGGGACAGCCAACCUUCUAUUGCCUCACCUGGACAGUCCGCUUCCCACACGACCAGGACACCUGCUACUUUGCUCACUUCUACCCCUACACAUAUACAGAUUUGCAGUAUUACUUGCUGACGGUGACCAACAAUCCCAUCCAGUCCCAGUUCUGCAAGCUCAGAACUCUGUGCAGAAGCCUGGCGGGCAACACUGUCUACCUGCUCACCAUCACCAACCCAUCCAAGACUUUGGAAAUGGCCGCAGCAAAGAAAGCAGUUAUUCUGAGUGCCCGAGUUCACCCCGGGGAGAGCAACGGCUCCUGGAUGAUGAAAGGAUUCCUGGACUUCAUCCUCGGAGACUCUCCUGAUGCCCACCUCCUCAGGGACCUCUUCAUUUUUAAGGUGGUUCCCAUGCUAAAUCCAGAUGGGGUGAUUGUGGGAAAUUACCGCUGUUCGCUGGCGGGCAGAGACCUGAACAGGCACUACAAGACCAUCCUGAAAGACUCCUUCCCCUGCAUUUGGUACACCAGGAAUAUGAUCAAGAGAGUCCUUGAAGAACGGGAGGUCCUGCUGUAUUGUGAUUUCCAUGGGCACAGUCGCAAGAACAACAUCUUCCUGUACGGCUGUAACAGCACCAGCCGCAAACAAUGGCUUCAUGAGCGAGUCUUCCCUUUAAUGCUGAGCAAAAAUGCCCCAGAUAAGUUUUCCUUCCGGAGUUGUAAUUUUAAAGUCCACAAGUGCAAAGAAGGGACUGGACGGGUUGUGAUGUGGCGGAUGGGAAUCCUGAACAGCUACACUAUGGAGUCUACGUUUGGAGGGUCAACAUUAGGCAAGAAAAGGGAUACUCAUUUUAACACUGAGGACCUGAAAUCCCUUGGUUAUCAUGUCUGUGAUACUCUUCUUGAUUUCUGUGAUCCUGAUCGCACUAAGUUCCAGCAGUGUCUAACAGAGCUUAAAGAUGAAAUCUUUAAGAAAUUCUCAGAACUUGGACAACAAAUGGACUUGGAUGGCAACUGGAGCGACAUUUCCUUGUCUGACAUUGAAUCUAGUACAAGUGGUUCAGACAGCUCCCUCUCCGAUGGGCCUCCUAUUCAUUUAUUGGAUAUGACAGAAAAGCUUGAAAUGAAGAAAAAGCAAAAGAAGAAAAAGAAGCCUCUGGAGACGAAGAAGCAAAGAAAUGAGCUGCACCAGAAGCACAGGGCAAUCCAGGAGAGUAAGCUAGCUGAUGAUAGCCAGGAAAAAACAGAAUUUACUGCCAUGCUGAAAAAACCGCCAGGCUUUCUCAAAGGUCCAGAAGCCCGAGUGAAAAAUGAGAACUCAAAGUUUAACGAGAGCAAGAAACCAGGUUUUAAAAUUCCAGAACCUCGGAAGAAGGGCCCAACCAGCACUCACGAAGUCACUUCAGUAGCAUAUCCGUGGAAGGAAAAGAUGGGCAGGUACCAAAACUGUCUAUUAACGAAGCAAGACAUCAACCAUCAUCAGCUGGCACUCGUCACGUCGGUGCCUCCAGAAAGAAGCAAGACUCCUGUAGCAAUUAAGCAGUACUCGCCUCCAGGCUUUCUGCAGCUGAGCCAGGAGGGCUGUGAGAAACAGGCGGCUUUGCGUAAUCUGAUUCAGCAAGGGAAGUGGAUACCAUCACAAACUUCAUCUAUAACACCCAGGUCGCUGUGCUGGAUUCCAAAAGUCACGUCGAUGUCCAUGUUGCUGGACAAAACUUUCUCUCUGACCCCUAAGCUCCCUGUAAAAAGGAAACGGAAGAAAAACAAAUGGAAACUUCCUGGAAGGCCUAACCUGACCAAGAAAGAUCAGCACACUCUUCUUGGAGAAAGGGGAAAGCUUAGCAAAAAGAAAACAUGGCUUCAAACCUUCACUGAUAUCCAAAAAAGAAUUCAAAAGGACAAUGAAUUCCUUGAAUAUCAUUAACUUCUCAUAAGAUUCUAACUUCUCAGAAUUAAGACUCUCACUGACGGCACGGCAAAAGGAUGCCUUCCGAAGGAAUGCUUCAGUCCACAAGCUUACGAACAUCGGCAAGGCAAAUUACAAAGGACAGAAAGAGCAAGGCAAAUUUCACUUGCCACCACUGCUGCUUGGACUAACUCAAAAUGAAAAAUCACAGGCAACUUUUCUCACUUGAUACCAGGCUAACGUAAAGCAAAAAGGAUCCAAUUUGUAAUCUUCUCUAAUGCUGGAAUUUUUCUGAAACUCAAGAUUCUGGGUGGAGAAGGCGGCAGGAUGGGGAAGAGACUUCUCUGCAAGAAUCUCUAGGAUUGAUCCAAACAAAUGUCACUUAAUUUUGUGUUUUGCUUUUUUUUUUUCCUCUAUUUUUCAUAACAUUCUCAUCUCCAAUGUCUGUGUCUUUUCCCCCAAAGUGAGGGUUUGGGGCACAGGACUUUUCUCAAGAGCCUUCAUGAGGACCUUCAUCUUUCCAACUAAGCAAACAAGGAUCUUUUGAAAGUGGAAUCUGAUGUCACAACUUUGACUCCACAUUAACCCUUGCUGUUCUCUGUAUUUCCAAGCAAAUCCAAUUCCCACCACAAAUUCUGCUUGAAGACGACCAAGAAAGUCAUUUCCAUUUGAUGAUCCAUCAUUUAUAUUUUUGACAAACACUGUUUCCCCCAGGAAAUGUAUUUUUCUUAUCACACUGCAUUUUCCUGUUAAAUGCGGCUGAUUCUUUCGGGCAGUAAGCCAUCUCUGUCCUUUUUCCUUAAUAAAGUCCUGUUUUGCUUCUAAA